GUCUUCGACAUGGCGUCUCUUUUAACAGACCCACUGUUUGAAAUCUCUGGUGAAGGACCUCCACCCAACAAGACUUAUUAUUAUUUUUCUGUCACCAAGUCACUUGUAAGUCACAGUAUUCUGAUAAAUCUGUCUUUGUUCUGUGAAGAAACGGCGUUUUUGUUCGGCUGUGAUGCUUAUUGGUGUAACUUUUCUAAACGGCGCUAGCUAUUACUACCGUUUUAAAAGUGACGGUUGGUAGCUGAAACUUGGAGGCCACAGAGCUUGUAAAGAGCUAGCGUAAUAUUUAGCGACAUGGCAGCGCUUGCAGAUGCUCUAUAAGCGUUUCGCCUUAUUUCUGCAAGAGAAGAGAAACUGUAGUUUAAAAGUGGCAGAAUAUAUAAAACUACAGUCUCAGUAAUCUGAAGUCCUGAACGUAGAAGUUCCUAUUCUUUCCUAUUAAAGAUAACAAAUAAUCACAUGUAACGAAAGGGUUGUACAAGAAAGUAUUUUGUUCUAUUUGACCUUAAUGUAAAAGAUGAUCAAUUUAAUAUUUACUUAUAGGUGAUAUGGAGAUGGUGGAAGAUAUCUAUGAGAACUGUGGACAGGUACUCCAGACCUGGGCAGCUGAAGGAGUCCCACAUGGAUUUCUUGGAUGACACUCAGCUUCAGAGUAAGAAAUUCAUUCAUCUCUCACCUCUUACCAAGUUCCUUCAUGUCUUUCCAACGGUUUCAUUUUCCCUAUUUGUUUCCCUCAUUUAUGAAGGAGUUUAAUAAAAAGUUUAGGACUUAGCUUUAAACUUUAUACGUUAGUGUUGACAUUAAUUUUGACACGUUAUAGCAGACUACAGGAGUAAUUAAUGAAACUAAUUAAUGAAAUUUAAUGAAAGGAAUGGCUUUAUUCUAUUUAUCCUAUGACCAGGAAAAUUAAUGGAAAAGAGCCAGCACCAAUACUUUUGAGGCCGAGCCAGGGGUCGGCAAGGAGUGGCCAUGGUCACCCCUGAAAUGUUAGUGGUAACCUCAGUAGCAACCCAUUUGCCACUGAAAUCCAUUUGGCUAUUUAGGAUUAUGUUUUACAGGCUGCUAGUGCUAUCUUUGCACUUCAAUGUGGAACCUUUACUUUUGUUGGUACAGUAAAUAGUGACUUUGGACAAACUCCUAUUUGACCCCUUGAAGAUUUAAGACCAGCAGAUUUAAAAGUGGCUGUUGGCUGUCUUUGUUGGCUUGCCUUUUAAAGUAAAAUAUUAUAAACAAACAACAACAAAAAACAACAACUGAGUGUUAUCCACACCUCACCACCCCUAAGUCAGUGCCCCCAAAUUCUUUAUUAUGGCACAAGUCUUUAGAGCCCCAGUAAGCCAUACCAGUCAUUGUCAGUGAUUUUAUAACGAAUAAAUUCCAAGCAGAAUGAGGGUACAAUUGAAUUCAAGGGAAACGCAUGCUCUUUUUAAUAUACUCGGAAAUACCUCAGUGCUUUAUGUUGGUUGUUCUGUGUUCUGGUUCUACCUUGUGAUUAUUUUAUGUGAGAACAAACUGAAUGUUUUUGAAUGUGUGACAGCUAAAUGACGGGCUUCUCUCCAGGUGAGGUCAGAAAUGUUUUCGGCCAUCAAAUCUUGCAGUACACCAAAGCUCUGUGCCAAGGCCACUAUGAUUAUUUGGAGCGACUGUCGGACUCCUUACUUCUGUUUAUAAUAAGUUAUCUAGACUUAGAGGAUGUGGGUCACCUUGGACGAACAUCACGCAGAUUCAGGAAGGUAUGUUCAUAAGACACAAGAAAAAAAGCGUAUUAUUUAGACUGCUCUGUUGUUGAAGUUGUACUCUGGUUUCCUGUGAAUACAUCAUUUUAGAUAAUAAGUUAGUAUAAUUCCAUGAAAUGUAAAAUAAAUUCAGCAGCAUUGUUCUUGAAAAAAUGCUUUUAUCUUCAGCUGUGUGGAUCAGAAGAAUUUUGGGAGCAGACAGUGCGCAGGAACAGCAACACAGUUUCAGCUGAGGUGGCAUCUCUGGCAGCUGAGGUAGGCUGGUGCAGCAUCUUCUUCACCAGCAAGCUACAGCUGCAGAAGCUACUUAGCCGAAGGAGGGCAAAGUCUAAGGAGGACCAAGAGGAGCAGAUCUCUGACCCUGAUACAAAGGUGCUGGAAUCUCUAGAUGAAAGCUCAGCGAAAGACCUGAUAGCCGGUCCUGACCCUGACUCUCAGCCUGGUAUUAUCCCCGAUCCAAGCUCUGGCACCAAGACUGGCACAGACUUUGACACCAGCUCUUGCUGUGAUGCUGAUCCUAACCCUUGCCCUGAUCCUGACGCUGGGUCCGAGUUAAGCUUACCCUUGUCUUGCCAAUUGUUUCAGGACAUCAAGAAGUGUUUGAAAGAAACACAGGGGCUAAAUGAUGUGCUGGGCGAUGAAGAAAGAGGAGACCACAGUGCAGUGACAGACAAGGAACCAAAAUGAGGCUCAUGAGAAAAUCUUUUUUUGGGCUCACUGUUACAUUUAUACACAUUUCUCAGACUUAGAUAAAUUCUGUAAUGAUUAUCAGAACAAUUUUACUUUUAAUGUGCAAAAUGAUUGUCUAACUUUUUUUUUUAAUCUAAUUUCUAAGUUGAGGAACCUUUAAAGGAUUUGUACAUUUGUCCUCUAUUUCUGUAUGGUGCCAUGACUUUUCUGACCACUUGGUGUAUGUCAUUGAUAUUAACAAAAAAACAAAAAGACUUUGAAGUUUAAAAUUCUGCUGUGAUAUGCAGUCUGUUCUGUUGUACAUGUAAUUUGAAUUAAAUAUACCGGAUGUA